AAAAAAAAAAAACAUUGCAGUUGAUUUUUUGACUAUAACCGAUAGUUCCAAAAAACAAAUAUCGACACCAAUUAAUCAGUAGCUAUUACAUUUACUAUAUGUGUGCACAUGAUAUAAUGGCCAUCAAGAUAAAAGGAUUGGAAGUCUAUGUAGUGGGACCAAAAAUGUAUUCUGACACUUAAAUCACACUUAAUGUAUAAAUGUCUUGCAUUAGAUAACAAAAUAGCAGCCAAGCGGCAUUUGUUUUAAAGACAGAUGGCACAAACAAACUCUUCUAGCAAACCAUCUUACAAAAAGAAGUUUGUUCAGUUUUAAAUUAUAAAAUUAUAGAUUUACUGUUCAAAAGUAAAGUAUUUGAACAGUUUCUGAUUGACUUAGUGGAACAUGUCCACAGAUAAUGUGACGAAGUACACGUGGUGUUUGCUAGGACACCUGUGUGAAGUCUAGAGAGACCCGUUGGUUCAAAGUAAUGGCAAAAAUGACUCCAGAGAGAGAAUUUAGUUCAGAGAAAAGUUCUAGCACCAUGUUUCCAGAUUAAAUUUUGUUUUGAUGUUUUGUUAGCCAAUACAAUGACAUUCAUACAUUUUAAGAGUGGUUUUAGUGUCAAAUACUUUUGAGGGCCACUGACUGUUCCUAGAUAAAGAGUUUCAAAAUCUACAUUCAGUCCAAGGGAACAACUGAGGAGUGCUAUUUCCUCUCUUUUUGCUGUGGAGCUAUUGUAAGCGUAAAGGCACUUUGGGGCAGAGAAGGAAAGUUUUAUGCUUCCCCUAGUCAGAGUUGUUUCUCUUGCAAAUGAGCAGCUCGUUGCUGAAGAUGCAGAUGUUCUGUAAUGAGGGUCAUUAGGAGGGAGAAUAAGAAUGGACUGGACUGGCAGGGCUCUAGGCGCCUCAUUAUGCAGACACAUUUUGAAAAGGUCGAUGGGGGUGCGAAUGGCUACUUAAGGGUGCCAAACAAAACCAGGGGGAGGAGAGUCAGAAGAAGUCAGAAUACAAAUUCCACUGAAGAAACUGAGCUUAUUGUUAGAGCAGGAGGAUUUAACCUCUCCCGAGAUAAGCAUCUCUGUAGCGCAGCACCACUAGCGGAUUUAUUUGGAUACUAGAGAUGGCCACCGUAACGCACAUAUUGAUUCCUCUGCUGUUUCUCGCUUUCAUGGCUUUUCCCAUUGGAGUACAGUGCCGAUCUUUGCGUGCACACCUUCGUAAGAUGACAUCGUUUCAAGGAGAGCGUAAAAUCCGUAUUGGUCACGUCCAGAGACGGAUCCGUCGCGAACCGGGCUCCGAGCGCGCACAGUGUGACCUCCUGAGUGCACCGUGGACGGAGAGCACCACCCCGGUUGGUGACUGGGGGCAAAUGUAUCGCCUUAAAAUAUUAUCGACGAUGAGUGAUGGUCCACGUCGUGCUGUUUUCCCAGAGCAACCCCUCUUCCGAUUCGUUAGACGGGUUUAUCGCUGUUGUCAAUUGGGGUACCACUGUGGAAGUGUCAAAGGAAUACAAGGGCGAAAACUUGGAGACUCCAGCAUUGAGUUUCUUCUCGGUGAGGAUGUGCUGUCAGCACCGUUGGUGAGAGCAGAAGUUCAUUUUCACUUUUCAAACCCCCAACACCUCAACAUCCAACCUGUGCUGCCCUUAUUGGAGAAACGAGGCUUCCCUACCAGGUAUAGUGUCUGGAUGAGAGAUGGAGUAGUGGAGCUGAGAGUCGAUCUACUUGGCCUCUUCCAGGCACUGCAGCUGGCCAUUGGUGGAGCCAAAAGAGGCCCCAGCCUAAUGGAAAUGCAUCGGGUGAGGGGCCUGACCAGACCAGGGGCCCUUGGCCAAAGGGAAAGACCCCCAUCCCUUCAAGACACAGCGCCCGUAGUGUGGGGGGAGGAGAAUGAGGACAGGGAGGGUGCGGCCCCCCUAAAGCCUGCUUUAGAGUUAGGACUGGCAUUACACUACAGCUUAGCACACAACAUCUUACAACCCUGUCAAACCUGUGGUGUACAACUGGCACAUGCACCCUUUAUUGCUUUGGCAUAUAGAUAGCAACAAAACAGCUAUAUUGAACAGUGUCUUAGGUAAUACAUUUCCGGCCAAAUACUAUGAAUCCCUAGCUCUCCCCCUUUGCAAGUUCUUUGUGGCCAUAAAAUCUCUUUCCAUUCAGUCCACUAACACCUGGUGUGAAUGUUCCCUGGAUGGUUCCCUAUUUAUUCAAGAAUUGCUAAUGAUUCCCAUUGUUCUCUGACAUUGGUUCAUCAACUCUAAAAGCUUACUGUAAUUCAGAGUGGCUUAUGUUAUAUGGAACACUAUGCACUUCAGCAUGUAAAUUGAAUUUAUUAAAUUAUGGGUCUUGUUUCUGAGGAAAAAACUAUCACUGUACAGUAUAAUGUAAAUAGUGUAUAA